ACGGAAAAAUUAUUGUUGUUGAGGAUCCAAGGCACCGGUUCCUCCACGUCAUAAUCUAGACUCGAGUGUAUUUGUUUUUCUAAAUCAAUUUGUAAACAUAUUCUCUGAAAUUUUUAUUUAUAUCUAGCGUAACUACUUAAUUUAACUCUUUUAAAAUGGAUCACUGCAGCAUUGUUUACAUACUGCUGUUUUGUCUCAUUAAAUUAUCUGUGUGUGGUGAAUUGACUUUUGAGCUUCCUGAUAAUGAAAAAAUGUGUUUCUACGAAAGUGUUGAGCAGGGAGAGCAAGCUACUUUAGAAUUUCAGGUCAUUACAGGAGGCAAUUAUGAUGUGGACAUGGAAUUGACAGCUCCAAAUGGGCAGGUUCUGUACAAAGACAUCAAAAAGCAGUACGACACCUUCACAUGGACGGCCCAGACCAAAGGGAUCCACACCUUCUGUUUCUCUAAUGAAUUCUCCACCUUUACCCACAAGAUUGUUUACUUUGACCUGACCGUAGGGGAGGAGAAACCAGCGGUGGAGGAGAUGGGUGGUGACCAUCAGACGGCCAUGACAUUGAUGGAGACGUCCAGCGUGUCCAUCUUUGAAAGUCUGAAGGUGGUGCUGGACUUCCAGACGCACCACCGGCUGCGCGAGGCCCAGGGGCGGGCGUUUGCUGAGGACCUGAAUGAGAGGGUCCUGUAUUGGUCCAUAGGGGAGUCCCUAGUGGUCAUCCUCAUUGGUAUUGGUCAGAUUCUAGUCCUGCGGAGUUUCUUCACAAACACACACAAGACAUCAGCUUCAACUGUCCGCGCUUCCUAGAAGGGAGGCUGGCAGUUGAGUAUAUCAAAUCUUGUGCCCGUGUCUGUCUAUAUCAAAUCUUGUGCCCGUGUCUGUCUGCCCUAAAUGUUUUUUUGGUUUUCUGGGGUCAUCUUGCAUGAGUCCUCCUUAUUAUCCUAAUUAGCCAUGUAAACAAAGCUCAUUUAAUUGACCUUAGUUAAUAGAAUUAGAAUUUUAAUCACUUGAAAAAGCUGCGUGCUGUUCUUAAGUCUACAAAUGUUGAUCAUUACUAUUGAAAAAAUUGACCAACAAUUUGUGACAUUUUUCUGUUCAUUAUUUCAAAGCCAUAAAAGAAAAAUAUUUUCUCUUGCUUUUUGAAGUCUAACAAGUAACAAAUCUUUUUGAUAACUUGCAUGUAUAUAAUGUACAAUUCUAAAGGUUUAACCUUAAAUUAUUUGAUAGCUUUAAUUUUGGUUGCGGAGAUUUACGUUUAUUUGUGUGAAGGCAAGUGGUGUCUGUGUUACUCCAUUCAGUCAGGUUCUUGCUUGUCAAACCACAUGAGACUUGUAGUGUAAAUUACAUAGCUGGGACGUGAAAACAAAGCCUGUACUGAAAGAACUGUGAGAGUCAACUGUAAGGAGCCAACCCUGCUCUCUCUGUAUUACACUGUUCUAAUCCAACGGCAGCCCAACCAGUUCCAUCACUGAAAGGUUUUGUUAUUAAUGUUACCUCAUUCUAAUGUUAGGUUAUUCCCUGCCCUCAAACUUGAGUUGUUGUCUUGAUCAAAUUGUGGGUUUACUUUUGGUUGGUUUUUUUCUUUCCCAGCUUGCCUCUUCUAUGUACAUAUCCAGCUUUCUUGCAUUAACUGCUUGGUCAGACGGCCAGUGGUCAGGUGGCCAGUGGUCAGAUGAACUAUAAAAGCAAGGGCCAGCAUGCUUUUUUACCUAGAUAGUUUUAACUGAAUUUUUUUCCCCCAUCAAUUUCAUCUAACAUCAACAGUUGACAAGGAUCAGCUGUUGAUGCCUGUGAAAGCAAGACAUUUUGAAAGAUGUGCCAGACAGACAAUGAGGGACCUAACACACCAUCAUACAACCUAAACUAAUGCCUCAACACUGUCACACAACUUAUAUACAUCUAGACACAAAGAUUUUUCAUUUCUAGAAGGAUGAGAAAAAAAGAUGUCAUGAUUUGAGUGCUGGGACUAAAAUUUUAUGUUUUUAUAUCUAAGAACUUCAUCUUAAGUACCAAACAAAAACAUACAGUAAAACCUGAUGUAGAAUCUAACAAUUCUGUCUAUGUAUUAUAUAACAAUGCCAUUUUAACACUUGUGGAUCUACAAGUUGUGUGAGGACAGCCACUAGAAAUAUUGAAAGAAUUUGUUAGAGUGAAUCAAACAGGUGAGCCUAAUCAAACUUUGGUCAAUAGUGACUGGAAGUAUUGCAUUGUGUCAUUUGAUGUCAUCAUUGUUUAAGUAACUAGUAAGUUUUACUUGAUGCCAUUGUUUAAGUAACUAAUAAGUUUUACUUGAUGUCAUUAUUCCCAGAGUGCUAUGAUUGAUUGAUGUCGUUAUUACUUAUGUAAUUUUACUUGAUGUCAAGUAAACUUCUCUUGAUGCUAGUAUUGACUUCACUAGGAAUCAGUAACAUGGGUCCCAUGAUCACUACUAUUUCAGCUUUUUUUAAAGAGGAGAUAACUGUUGUUUGAAAUUACUAUUUACAUAUUUUAAAAUUCUUAAAACUUUAAAUCUUUAAAAAUGUAUUAUUUUUAUUCUAAUUUAAUAAGCUAAUUUUUUUUUCAUGACUGCCCUUUCCCAAGUAGGUCUGUUAUUUACCAUGUUACGUAUGCCAUGUCUGGGUGCCUGGUUAGAUCUAAUUGCAAUUAGCCUUGUUAUGGGAUCAUCCAUUUAUGAUGUUCACAAACCUGUGUAGACUGGGAGGGGGUCAGAGUUCAAGUCCACUGCCAUUAUUUAGCUUCAAAAUACUUUAAUAUUAAAUAGAAUAUAAGAUAAUUUAACUA